CUUCCCGAGGCCGCCAUGGACAUCCUGAAGCGGGAGAUCAGCAGGAAGCGCCAGCAGCUGGAGGAGAAGGAGCUCCUGGGGGGCAAUAAGAAAUAUUUCAAACGCAGUGAGUUAGCUAAAAAGGAAGAGGAGGCCUACUUCCAGAGAUGUGGCUACAAGCCUGUAAAUGAGAAGCCACCUGGAGAGGUACAGCAGCAGGAAGAGGAGGAGAAACCUCUGGCUACCUCAAAUCCAGUGCUGGAACUCGAACUGGCAGAGGAAAAGUUACCAAUGACUCUUUCCAGACAGGAGGUUAUCAGGAGGUUACGAGAGAGGGGUGAGCCCAUCAGGCUCUUUGGAGAAACAGAUUAUGAUGCAUUUCAACGUCUGAGGAAGAUAGAAAUUCUUGCACCUGAAGUGAACAAGGGCUUAAGAAAUGACCUGAAGGCUGCUUUGGAUAAGAUUGAUCAGCAGUAUCUGAAUGAAAUUGUGGGUGGCCAAGAAGCAGGAGAUGAUGACUCCCAGAAUGACCUGAAGGUCCAUGAGGAGAAUACUACUAUUGAAGAACUAGAGGCUUUGGGAGAAUCCCUAGGACGGGGUGAUGAUCACUAUGAUAUGGACAUCAUAACCAAGUUCUUGAAGUUCCUCCUGGGAGUGUGGGCCAAGGAGUUGAAUGCCAGGGAGGAUUACGUGAAGCGGGGCGUGCAGGGGAAGCUGAACAGCGCCACCCAGAAACAGACCGAGUCCUACCUGCGGCCGCUCUUCAGGAAGCUCCGCAAAAGGACACUUCCUGCAGACAUCAAAGAAUCAAUAACAGAUAUUAUUAAGUUUAUGUUGCAAAGAGAAUAUGUGAAGGCCAACGAUGCCUACCUGCAGAUGGCCAUCGGCAACGCCCCCUGGCCCAUCGGCGUCACCAUGGUCGGCAUCCACGCGCGCACGGGCCGCGAGAAGAUCUUCUCCAAGCACGUGGCCCACGUGCUCAACGAUGAAACUCAGAGGAAAUACAUCCAGGGGCUGAAGAGGCUCAUGACCAUUUGCCAGAAGCACUUCCCAACAGACCCCUCCAAAUGUGUGGAGUACAACGCUCUGUGAGGCUCUGCUGGGACUCAUUUUGGGCUCCAGCACCCAGAGAGGAUGAAGAGGAAAACUCUGAGCCUGAACACCAACAAGAACUUGGGGUGGGCUUUGCAAAAAAAAGCAGAAAGGAGGAUUUUUUUUUUUUACAGCUUCCUUUUUCCAAGCCCCAUUUAUUUAGGUUUAUUUUGAAAUCUGUGUUUUUUGCUGAACACGUCCAAUGUACAGCAGAAGAAUGGGUUUUGAAGAUUUUAAGACCAAGACAAUGACCAAGGCACAAUGCACAUGACAGCUGCUUUUAUUUCAGUUUGUUAUUCAGGGAACUGUGCAAAUUGAACUGUUUCCCAUAUUUUAGAGCUUUAGAUGAGUCUCAGCCCUGCAAGGAGCAUAUGUGGAGCUUUUUUUGGCUGCUUUUGCUUUGGAGACUGAUGUGGGGAGAUGAUUAGAGGGAAGCAGUUGAAUCUGAAUCUUGGUUAUUUCUGUAAAUAUAAAGACUUUAUUGGCUAAUCUUUCAUGUGGUAUUUAUCAGGAAUAAAAAAAAAAAGGUUUAUAUAUUUCUCAGCCUCAGUGCAAAGAGUUUUUGAUCUUGAAUGCAUCUGAUUUGGCUUUUUUUUUUUUUUUAGUAACGACAUUUUUAAUAUAAACCUUCUGGGCUUGGGAGAAGUAAUCUUGUGGCUCUUGAGGCUUUCAAAUUCCAUUUUUAUACAUCUGGAGAAAGUUUUCAAUCUGCUGGGCAUUGCAGAGAAAAUAAUUAGGACCUCCCAUGACCAUGAACAGUAUUUCUAGCAGCCACAAAUCUUUACCAUUGUGUAUCCUGACUGGGGAUGGUGAGGAAACUCAUGGGAACAGUGAUGUCUAAUUCUGCAUAAACAGUGAAAUAUUGAAACUUUGUUAGUUUUGAGCAGAAGAAAUGUGGAAAUGUGUCACUAUUGCAUUGAAUGGGUUUGUCUGGGUCCUCACCUCAGCUGGGAGCAGAACUGGAGCCCUGUUCCCAGGGGGUGACCUGUGUCCCUUGGGUGUUGCAGUGUCCUGUGGCACAGUGAGGGAUGCUGGGGGGUGUGAGCUGGGAGGAGUAUCUUGGACAAAUUCAGGUUCUUCUGAACUCUUAGAUUCUGAAGUGCUUCUUUGGACACAGAUUUUCAGUCUGGAGUGUUUGACCCCAGAGAAAAUGUCAAGAGUUUAGAAGUAAUAAAAUGAGGCUGAUGAGA